GGUCCCGCAGCGGACAUGACCAAUGCCAACGAAGUUCUCUUACCCCCAGCCACUUGUGGCACUUGUGGGCCCAAGACUGGUAUAACCCUGGGUUCUUGGGUGCCAGUGUCAGGUGUGACUCUCACACGACCACCGGUGACGAUGUCUACCUUCACGGCACUUGAUAGCACGGCGUCCCUCAGCCUUUGUGCCUUUAUUUUGAGCCUAUCGUCUUUCUAUCUGUCUCCGUCAGCUCAGGAGGUUAACCACAAACCGUUCUCCAUGACUCACAGUACCUCCUUCGCCGACCCGGAGGAUUCCCCAGCUGCUCGAGUUCCCGGUUGCUUCUGCCUCGUCUCCCUCCAGGUAGCAGAUCCGGCGGAUAUCUCGCAGGGUUUCGUCGGCUGCCGUUCUCACUUUAACCGUGCGUACGAGCUCAUUCUCGUCCGGGAUGCAUUCUCUGAUUAUCGCCAGGGCCCACUCAUCCCACCGCAGUCGUUCAUCUGCAAGCAGUACUAUGCCACCAACUCGGGAAUUUCUUUCUCUGUAUAA